AUGAAAUGCCUCCCACAGAACAAACUUGCACAGGCGCAAGGCAACGUACUACACGACUGGCAUGCGGAGAUACUGGCUAUACGGGCAUUCAAUCGCUUUCUGGUGGAUGAGUGCGCGGAUCUUGCCAGGAAGGGGUUCGAGGAGAAGGAUACCGGCGGAUGGGUGAGAUGGAGGCAUAGGGACGAUGGGCAUGCACGACUCGAGAGCGCGCAUGAAGGGGAUGUGGGCAGUGCACCCUUCGAACUUCGCGACGACGUCAGCAUACACAUGUACUGCUCCGAAGCUCCAUGUGGCGAUGCGUCGAUGGAGCUCACGAUGGCGGAGCAAGAGGACGAUACACCUUGGUCCAAGAGUUCUGGGUCACAUGCUACAGACAGCAGUAUGCUGGGGCGAGGACACUUCGAUCGCCUGGGCAUCGUACGCCGCAAGCCUGCUCGCCCGGAUGCGCCGCUCACUCUGAGCAAGAGCUGUAGCGACAAGCUGGCGAUGAAGCAGUGCACGAGCUUGCUCUCCGGGCUGACGAGUCGACUUGUGUGGCCGGAGAACGUCUAUCUGUAUACUCUCGUGCUGCCGGAGUCACAGUACGUGGGCACGGCUGUUGAGCGAGCGUUUGGACCUCAAGGUAGGAUGAAGGCGGUUGCCAGCCUGAACACAAGACAGAGGGAAAGUUGGAAGGCAGGCGGAUAUGCUUUCAAGCCAUUCGACGUCCGGACCACUACCAGGGAGUUCGAGUACAGUAGGCGAUCUGGCACUACGACGGCUGCGGUACCGAGCAACCUCUCCGCGAUGGUUACACCUCAGCGGCAGGAGAUCUUGAUCAAUGGGGUCCUACAGGGACGGAAGCAAUUCGAUCCCAGGGGAGCAAGUUGCGCCAGCAGGAGGGCAAUGUGGAAGGAUGUCAUUGAUGUUGCUGCGACUGCUGGGCAGGAGAUUGCAGAGGUGUCUGGAAAGGGCACUUGUUGCGAGAUGAAGCAUACGUCUCAGAUCAGAGAGCACGUCAAGAAGGACGUCAGGGAGAUGUCGCUUCAAAGGUGGGAGAGGAAUGUCGGGGAUGAGGAGUGGAAGAUUGAAGAUAGUUGA